UAGCGCGGGUCGUGUUUUUGUCGCGUCUCCGCCUCUGAGCUCCUCACUUACUGCCGACAGCAGACGAGCGCACACAGGCCGCCGUGAACUCUCCCGAGGCCGGAUGGUAAAAUCCAACCUCCAGCGGAUCCUAAACAGUCAUUGCUUUGCCCGUGAGAAGGAAGGAAAUAAACCGUGUGAGAACCCAAGCGUCAUGGAGGCGAUCAGUAACAGUAUUAACGACAUGAUGGGAAGUCUGUCGCUGUGCUGUAGUAGUUCCACUGGUCCGGGGCCUCUGUGGUGUUCCGAUGCCCCUCACCCACCUCUGAAGAUCCCAGGUGGGCGAGGGAACGGAGCACGGGAUCACGCAUCCACCGCGGCGGCACCACCGCAGCAGCUGUACUCCGACAGGAAGUUGACUGUGACCGAAGAGCCCGCUGGGGCCGGUCGCCCCCGGAUACUGCACUUUCAGAGCCGGCCCACCGUUUCCCGGGUGAUCAAAUGGGAGGCGGUGCUACGAGGCCCCGGCCUGUUCGUGGAGAUUCCCUGCGAACCGUUUCCAGAGGGCAGCAAAGAGAGCUUCGUGUCUCUGCUGGAGUUCGCUGAAGAACAUCUGAAAGUCGUCAGUGUGUUCGUCUGCUUCUAUAAGAACAGGGACGAUCGUGUGAAACUGGUGCGUACGUUCAGCUUUCUGGGCUUCGAGAUGGUGAAACCGGGCCACGCUCUGGUCCCCGCUCGACCUGACGUUCUCUUCAUGGCCUACAACUUUGACAGGGAUUCCUCGGAAGAAGACUAGUCUCCUCUCAUUCCUGCGUGACGUGCUCCGUCUGCGACUCGUGUACGGGCUUCAGACGGAGCUGCGGGAUCGUUAACGUGCUGUCUGACUCGUUCAAGUGAAUCGGUUCGCUUUUAAUGCUUGUGUUUUUGUUUCUGCAGCGUUUGAUGUUCUGGAAUGUACAAAAGGUCAUUUCUGCGUUUGAUGGGAUGUUUGUUUCUGCUCUUUAAUGUUGAAGCCCGUGAUUGUAGGCACCUGAGGCUCUUCUGUUCGACGUUUAUAGUCAGUUUUUUUUUCACCUCAGAAUGCCGUUUGUAGUUUUUCGGGAUGAAAAGUGUGACUCGACUGGUACAAAGCUUGAUGGAAAGGAACCGACGCAUCCAAAGCUCUUGAUUUUGUCGAUCAGAAGCAUGUUUAGGCUCUCGUUGUGUGUCGCCGUGCUGUUACUCUCCGUGGUUUAUUUUUCUUUCUCUCUGUAGUGGUACAUAUACAGCUUCUGUGAUAAUAAAAACAUUAUUUAAAGUCA